UUCAAUAAUAAAACUGAUAAAUCGUAGUUUACUCUUUUGUUUUCUUUAUUCAAUAAAUAAUAUCGAUUUGAGCAUCUAGGUGUCGAGCGGCAAGGUGAGCGCGACGGAGAAGAAAGACGCAACCCACGUGGCGAAAUAAGGAAGAAAAACAGGGGCAUGGGGGACGACCGGGGCCGGAAGUGGUUUCAUCUGGCUCCCCCGUUGGUCUGACCUGUUGAACCACCUCGUGACCGGAAGUACACUGUACAGCUACGGACACCGUGGCGGUGCGUCUACUCUCCUUUACUCCCAGUCCUUUCCCUGAUGCACAACGUGAUGAAGAAAAACAACAAAGGUUUCUUUCUGCGUACCGACGGCUUAUCGCUACGUUGUUUACCUGAUUAUGCGACCGUGAUUUUAUUACCGUCUCUGAUUUUAGUCCCUGACUGACUUUAAAAUGUGUUUUUUAUAAUUGAAUCUUUAUCUACUUUUUAUUUUAUUUAAAUUGAUCGCGUUUUUUUUUCAUUGCGAAAGAAACUCGUACUAUUGUUUUACGUAUUAGUAAAAAAUCAGGAAUCUUGAUUGAUCAAUCUUAAUAGGUAUAUGAGCCUCUUUGAAAGGGCCAUAAACAUCGAAGGUAGGCUUCUUAAUAGCGACGCGGAUUUAUUAGCUGCGACGGCUGCGCAGCACUUGGCAGGGUACACAGGCCUGCGAAAUUCGGAUGGAGGUGAGAUAGGGGUGAGCUGGAGGGACGAUUCUACUAACUAACAAUAAGGGACGUGGAUGCGUGGCCGAGACAGGUCCAGGCCAUUGUAUCCCUGACACAAUGCCUGCAGCCGGGGAGCAGUAUGCGCGCCAUAGUAAUCUGUCACCCCGUAUAGCACUGAUGCGUAUGCCACAUAAUACUCGCUCUCUGAUCAAGAGAGAGAGAGAGAGAGAAGGGAUUUGCCGCACCCCAUCCAUUGGUUCUGCAACGAGUGACGUCAGAGACUUUAGCGCAACGUAAACCCGCUAGGGUAGUCAGAGAGCGUCAGAGAAAUAGCGGGGCAAGUGUACGUGUAUGCAUUUUACGUAUAGAUGCGGAGUCUUGCCAUAAAACAUAGUGUUGUCAUACUGAAUGAAAGAGUAUCAAGCGUAGAAUGGACAAUUGUAUUUUUAACUUAAUGUCCUCUUUGAUCCGAGAAAACAUAUCGUCAAUAAACUUUCUGUCUGCUCUCAAUAAGAUAUCGAUAAUAAUUUUUAAUUUAAACUAAUAAACAUUUUGCAAAUUUGUCUUUAAGAGUGCUACUAGAUAACAAAGUGCUAUUUUUUUAUAACUUGUAUUAAGAUAAAAAUUACUAUUAAGCUUUAAAUUAUAUUUUCAUCUUUGAUGACGUAGGACAGCGGAAACGAUGAAAUUAUUUGCAACUUUUCCGUACUCGAAUAUUCACGAAUCGGGACAUGGAGUCAAAGAAUGGAAAGGAGGAAGCGCAGAUGACGCGCAAUCGCUGCUUCGCUGUGUGCCGAACGUUAUAUGGUAUUAGGAAGGUGAACCCUUAAAUUAGGGCAGUUGGCAAAUAUCCAGAUUAGGGGGCGACCACGCGAAUUUCGAUGAAAGUCUGUUAUUUCGUGUAGUUCGUGCCACGGAGUGUUCGAAUUUGUCUAUAAAAAGGUAUAAGUCGUAUAUUUGAUUUCUAACAACGCGACCAAUUUCACAAUUAUUUUAUUUAAUUUACUAAAGUUUGAUGUUAACAAUUUAAGCAGGAUUUAUUGUGUGUACAUAUACAUGGAUUAUCGAUAGUUUCAUCAAGAAAAUUUCGAUUGGUAGUUCAGAUUGUAAACGAAAUUAAUCCUGAUCCAACAACUUUUCGUGUGACUUCUCGUGGAAUUUUUUUAGUUAAUUUAUCAAAUGUAUCCCGACACAUAUCAAACUGCGAAGGUUGGUAAAAUGCCUCUUGGUUAUACGCGUGAGAUACCAGGUUGGCAAAUUAAGUUUAAAUAUUUUUGCGAGACAUUAUGUGUUUCGACAAGUUGCAGGUGCAUCCGAAUAGCGACAUAAUUAUACCGGCAAUUUGGAUACGGUGUUGUUUGGUAUAUUUCUUAAUUUCUUUCAUUACACACACACACGCGCGCGCGCGCGCGCGUUUCGCUACGUAAAUACCGCGUAUCUUUCAUUCAAUUAAUUACUCUUUACUUUAGUUUUAUUAUAUGAUAUGUAUUUUUAAACGAGUAGGAAAAUUAAUCGGUACGUAAACUACCCGUCGCUGCGCCGACGAUGCUGCAAUUAAUCUAGAAUUCUAGAGAAAUGCGUGGCAAUUUCUCGCCACCCUUAACUUGUACAAUUCAUUCAUCGUAGUCGUAAAAAGACUACAUUACUAGGGUAAACGAGCCGAUCUCUCGGUGAUCGCGGACGAAUGAUCCGUAGCUCGACGUGCCAGACACACGCUACGCACGUACGCGUCCUCGACUCGCACGUAUGCGCAUACGCACAUACAUCGUCUCGCUUGUGCACGCGCGUACGUAAGAAACAUAACACGCUUAAAAAGAAGGGUAUGACGUCACGCGAGGUGGUGGCACAAGGCGCGUGCCGCCAGUUUCGUAGAUGGGGUACGAAUUAUCAUGGCGCUGAUGGUGGAGGGGCCAGGAGAGGACGACAGAGGGACGUUCGCGAGCUGUACCAUCGUGUGUGGACGUGGGGCGCGCGAAAACAGGAAGGGAGGUGCAGGCAGGGGGCAGGCGCCCCGAGGUGUCCGCUCGUAGGCAGUUAAGCGAGGAAGCGAGCGAGCGAGCGAGCGAGCGAGCGAGUAAACAGGCAAGCGAGCAGGCAAGCAGGCAGGCAGGCAGGCAGGCUGGCAAGAAGUCCGCACGAGUGGCUAGGGUGUCGUACAGGGGCUACGUGGUGCGCGGUGGUGGGGGUGGGCGCGUGCAGCCGGCCUGCAGCUGCCUUCUCGCGCUGCCCCCUUUCCCCCCUGGCGCGACGCUGCCGCGCUCGCUCCCUCCCGCCCUUCCGUCCGUCCGUCCGUAUGGUCCCGGCGCGCGCGCGCGCGCGCUCGCGCCACCGGUGCAGCCGCUACUCACCACCCCUCUGAUUCGGUCGGUCGCGGGCACAACCUCUCUCGCUCGCUAGGCCGGGGGAACCACAAUUAUAAGUAGGGGUGCACCCGGCCUUGCUACCUCCAGUCGAGGGCUGCACUCUGUGACGAGGACGCGCGCGCGCGCGACCACUCGUCGCUUACCCCGCCGCUCGCACCCGUUCGCACGCACAGGGCGCACGCGCGUCAAAGAAAACCUAUACACAUGUACAUGUACAUUGCCACGCGGGAGUAAUAGUUUCCGUUGCUGAGGAAAUUUUGCGAGGGCGAGAGAAGGAGAGAUCUCGUAUUUCGCGCAAACAUCUAUCUUUCUCUUCGGGGAAGGAAAACGUCGGGGUACGAACGCGCGUACGAAGGAUCGCCAUCUGUCGUGGAGUUGGGCGCCGAUACGAGAGGUUGCCUUUGCGGUUAUCGGUGGUUGUCUCGAGUGCCGCGGUGUGGCGUUAGUGCGAUCGGUCGGUCGGUCGGUCGGUCGGUUGGUCAGUGGCGCGUAUAUACGGCAUAGAGAGAGGUAGAGAGAGAGAGAGAGAUAGGGGAGUGAAUAGACAUACACCUUGGACCCUUGGACGAGGAGUGAGACAACCGGCGAACGGAAAGGGGACGACGACGACGACGACGACGACGGCAGCGUGACUUUGUGUCGCGCGCAUCCCUCCUGCAUUUUGAUCGGUCUUCUCGGUUUUGGAAACGCAAAGUGGCCAAAAGUCGCUUUUACUACGCGCAAGUAGGCUCUUUUCUCUCCCUUGCCCGAGGUGGUACGAAAAGAAGAAGAGAAGAAGGGAACUCUUUCCGCCACCGCCGCGCGACGAGCGCAUCGACUCUCUCCCGUUCAUCCUCGCGACUCCUCACACACGAGCCGCAGCCGCGCGCUCGAGCAUCCUUGGCUCCACCUCUACCACGACGGCGGCGGCGGCGGCUAUCCCACCAUCGGGCCCAGCCUCCCCUCCACGGGUCGGUCCUACUCCGGCGCCCUUCUCCGUUACGGCGCUGCCGCCGAUCGCCGAGGGAGUAUUCCUCGCGGCGCGGCGACGGGCGAUCAGUGCGUGACUCGUCGUUGUUGCGACGAUUGGCGGAGGACGAGAGCGUAGUACUUUACCGGUGCUCCCUCCUUGGCUCUGGCGAGUAUGCUCGCGACCGGUUGAUCGUGAUUCGUAUCAAAGGGAAGAGGAAGCGUGAAAAAGAUCCGGCGAAAUCAUUGAAGAGAACGGGAGCGAGAGAAAGAGAGAGAGAGACAGAGAGAGAGAGAGAGAGAGAGAGGGGCUUGUUGCCUCUUGUUGGCUUCGUUACACCAGCUGAAUACUCGGACGCGGCGACGAUCGUCAGUCCCUUCCCACCCGGCGUCUCUGUCGUCCCACGGAUAUUAUUCUACGGCAAAGUGUGUCAACGGCAAGUGUGUAAAAAAAAAGUGAAAAGCUGCGCGUGCGAUAUAAAAUCCUCGUUCCUCAUACAUAGUAUGUAUGCCGGCGAAAUAAAUAAUAGAUCGUACGGAGUGCACACAGUGGUAGCAACGAGUUGAAUUUAGCCGCGGUUAGCCGACACACUCGGUGUUCGUGCGCGCGCGCUCGCGCGCGCCUAUCUUCACUCGGUUCAGUUCGAUUCGCGCGGCGACGGCUCGCUUCGCAUCUACGCGUCGUCGAGAGUCGAGGAGUCGAGGAAUCGAGGAGUCGAGAGUCGAGAGCGUGAGCGUGAGCGUGUACCGCGGGUGGCACGCGGUUCGUGGCUCGUGGCUAUGCGGAAGCCCCGCGGUGCCGCGGUGAGACGCAGGUAACACCGACGAGAAGACGCGAGCGGAGAGAGCGGGCGCGCGCGCGCGGAUCCGCGCCUCCGCCGCAACCGCACCGGCGGCGUGUAAACACCGAGGGAUACGCGACGCAUCAACAUGUGGACCACGAUGCUCGUGUGGACGGCCGCCGUCGUUCUCCUGCCGACGCCUCGAGCGGUGAACGCCUCGGGGGUGUUCGAGCUGAGGCUAAAGUCCUUCGUGAACGAGUUCGGCAAGGACAGCCUGGGCAAGUGCUGUUCCGGCAGUGCGUCCAAGACAGGCGAGUGCUCGGGGGUCUGUAAGACGAGGUUUCGGGUCUGCCUGAAGCAGUACCAGGUGAAGAUCGACACGACGUCGCCGUGCACGUAUGGCGACGUCGUGACACCCGUUCUCGGCGAGAACAGGAUUAAUCUCAGCGCGAACGUCGCUUUGCCGAGCUUCACCAACCCCAUCAGAUUCCCGUUCGAGUUCACGUGGCCGGGUACAUUCUCGCUGAUAGUGGAGGCUUAUCACGAUGCGGACAACAGCACGCAUCAAUCCGCCGAGAAAAUACUGAUCAUGCGGCUGACCACCCAGAAGUGGCUAGACGUCGGACCAGAGUGGACCGCUGACGAUUAUACGAGCGCCCACUCGCAAAUAGAUUUUGAGUAUAGGGUGACUUGCGCACCGCACUAUUACGGCAAAGGUUGCGAGGACCUGUGCCGGCCAAGGGACGACAACUUCGGUCACUAUAGUUGCAGCCCGAGCGGCGAACGUGUCUGCCUCACUGGCUGGAAGGGCGACUAUUGCAACACCCCCCGCUGCCUGCCCGGAUGCGACGAGCAGCACGGACACUGCAAUCGACCCAACGAAUGCAUAUGCCACAACGGGUGGAAGGGCACCCUGUGCAAUCAGUGCGUUCGAUACCCGGGCUGCCUUCACGGUAGCUGCCAAAAGCCCUGGGAGUGCGCGUGCGACGAGGGCUGGGGCGGACUGUUCUGCAACCAGGAUCUCAACUAUUGCACAAAUCAUAAGCCAUGCAUGAACGGCGGCACCUGCUUCAACACCGGCCAGGGCUCAUACACCUGCUCGUGCCCGUCAGGCUUUACCGGCACCGAGUGUCAGACGCCGCUCUUCGACUGUCACUCGAAGCCCUGCCUGAACGGUGGUACUUGCUCGAUGACGGAGUCUCCGUCCGUGAGCUACGUGAGCGGCAACGGCACGGAGCUAUCGUCGUCCUCCAGGCAGCAGCAUCGUCGUGGUUAUCGCUGCACCUGUCCACCCGGUUGGCGCGGCCGACACUGCGAGAUCACGACGCGAUCCUGCCGGGAUUCGCCUUGCCGACACAGUGCCACCUGCGAGGACGAUUCUUUACGCGGCUACGUAUGCCGUUGCCCGCCUGGCUACACCGGCGCCGACUGCGAGUCGCAGGUCGACGAGUGCUCGCCGAAUCCUUGUGCGAACAACGGCACCUGCACGGAUCAUGUCAACGGUUACCGAUGCACGUGCCUCGCCGGCUUCACCGGCGAACGCUGCGAGAUCAACGUGGACGACUGCCAGGGCGAUCCAUGCCUGAACGGCGGCACCUGCAAGGACCAGGUGAACAGCUUCCGCUGCCAAUGUGUACCGGGCUACGUCGGCAGACUCUGCCAGGAUAAGGUGGACUACUGCCUGGCGAAACCAUGCGCGAACGGAGGCAGAUGCACUUCUGGGACCAAUGACUAUCAUUGUACGUGUAAGCCCGGCUUCACCGGCAAGGACUGUAGCGUGGACGUGGACGAGUGCCGGAGCGCGCCUUGUCAGAAUGGCGGUAUUUGCCGGAACCGCGUCAACGGCUUCUUGUGCGAAUGCCCGGACGACUGGCACGGUGACACCUGCGCCGAGAAAGUCGGCGUCGCGGUGGCAUUGCCACCGCUCACGUCCGCGCCCGCGAACUCGAACGUGCCGCUGGCGGAACCGUCUUCGGGCGGUAAUCACUGGCCCGGCAAUUUGUCGAAGCACGUUGCCUCCAGAAAGACCAGCCUGACCACGGAACAUCUGGUGAUGAUCGCGACUCUCUCCACCGCGGUACCGGCCUUCGCGCUCUUCGCCGCGGUCGCGGUGAUGUGCAUGAAGAGACGACAGAAGCGGGAGCAGGCGAAGGCCGACGAGGAGGCGAGGCUGCAGAACGAGAGGAACGCGGUGCACAGCAGCAUGAGCAAACGUAGCGCCAGUACCAUCGGGGUCGGUAGCGUUGGCGGUCUCCUCGGCAACGGUAACGGUCUGAUCGGCGGCGGCGGCGGCGGCGGCAGCGUCUGCGCUCUGGGCACCGGCGACGCGCACAUGAUCAAGAAUACCUGGACGGCGAGUAAAAGUGUCAACAACGUGGCGUCCGCGGCAUCGCGGCAGGACGACCUGGACUCGUCGUUUCAGACCGACGUGACGCUGGACAGUUCGUGUUCGGGUUAUAAACCAGAACCGGUGUUGCAAGACGGUCGGACAACGAGGACGACGAAACAGCUGAAUACAGAGGCGGCGGCCCAUCGGGCGUCCGCGCACCUCUUCCAGAAGGAGAAGGACUGUCUCGGCCUAGGCCUCGGUAUCGGAGUCCUGGAGAGUGCCAAGAGAUCGUCCGUGUUUGCCGCUACUAGUAACGCGACGGACAGUUGUUGCGCCGCGGAAGCCGCGCUGAUGAAGAGGCCGACGACGAUAUCGGAGUCAGCCAGUGGCGCCAGUGUCGUCAGUAGUGGUAGCAGUGGUCCACCGGGAAGCGGUGGCGGUGCCAGCACGGACAACAGUAAUUGCGGUGUGUACGUGAUAGACGAUCACUACGUCAGGCACGACGCCGCACUGGCGGCGACGCUCGCGACGGAAGUGUAGUAGACACUCCGGACACAUCGAACUCCUAUUUAGAGUGAUAGAGAAAGAGAGCGAGAGAGUAAGAGAGUGCAUGAAAGGAAAAGAGAAAUCGAACGACAGUGCGUGUGCGUGUGCGAAUCGUGGAUCUUAUUUUCUCCGUGCGCGUAAAUUGACAGAAUCUCACCCCGUUCGAUUUCCUUCGAUUUUUCUCGACCCCUCCGCGCGGCGACGCUUUCGUCUCGGAUGCCUGGUUUUUCUUUUCUUUUUUUUUCGUUUUUUAAAUAUAUAUAUAUAUAUAUAUAUAUAUAUGUGUGUGUGUAUACAUAUAUAUAUUUUUUUUUAUUACAUCUUUUUGUAAAAGUGCUCGUGCAUCCGCGAUUGUGGCGCCGCUAGUCGCCAAUGGGACUCCGCGAUUAAAACAUCGUUUCGAGAAGAACACGCUGCAUCGCGUCACCGGCCAGUUUGACCAGCUAUUACGAGUGUGCAUGUCGUCCCAGGAUCCUGAAACGAGAGCGAUGACGGACUGACCGAAGACGUUCGAUCGGGGAUGAUCGAGAAGCGACAGAGAGACAAGGAGAAGAAUUAACGCGAUGCUGUGGGGGUCGGCCGGUUUCUUCGGGCGGCCGCCGACCCAUCCUUAGGUAUUAAUAUUAUAUAUCAUGCUCGAAAGUGAAACUCUGUACAGAACUAAUUUAUUAUUAUUGUUAUUUACUUAUUGUAUUACUGAUUGCUAUUAAUUAUUAUUAUUUUUAUUAUUAUUAUUAUUAUUAUUAUUAAUAUUAUUACAUCGUGUCGCAUUAUCAUUGUUCUCGGUAUUAAUUCUUUUUCGAAUUUGCGUGACCGAGUUGCCGACCGGGGCAAGAAUACGACAGCGAAAGAUCUUUCGUGUAUAUUAUCCGUGUGUGCGUGCGAGAAUGAAUGAGCCGUGUAUGCAGAAUACUCGUAUGUAUGUGUAACUGCGAACGAGAAAGUUUAACGACGGAUUAGCAUCUUUGGAACGACGUCGUCUUUUCGUAUUCGGAAUUAAUGUUUUGUGUAACACCGCCUCUUUUUUCCCUUUCUUUUUUUCUUUUUUUUUUUUAAAUAAAACAUUCCUUUUCUCGGAGAAAAUACCGUUGUACGACGUAGGCACUUCCACUUGAGGCGACAACAACGUCCAGCGAUGAAAAGCAUGAAAAUUAAUAUUUAAAAUAACAGAAAUGCUUUCUUUUGACUUUUUGGGAUUCUCCGUUUCAAGGAUAAUCCCCCGGUCGAGUGAUUCUUCAAACACCCGCGAUUUUCAUGCCAACUUUCAACUGGCUCAAAGGAACGUUUGGAAGGAAGGAUGGAAAGCGGCACACAUGACUCUUAACAAAAUUCCGUCCUUUUAAUCCGAAAACGUCGUCAUUCCAUCGCGAUAGUUCGAAUAAACUUAAUACGGAAUUAAAUUAAGCGAUCCGAUAAUUAAGCAAAUAGUUUUCGUAGAAAAGGAUAAAAAAUAUCGAGUAAUACAAGAAGGAAAAGCCCGUGCAUGCGAAACCCGUAGAUCUUUUAUUUUCAUCAAAUUCAACUUGUAUCGAGGAACAUAUGAUAAAGAAAUUUAUUCACUGAUUCGCAAAACUCCCCCAAAAAAUCGCGCAGCAUUAGCUUUUUCUCGUUGAAGAAGUCGUUGAUUUUCUACGAAUCCUAUGAUUACUAUACAAACGACGUGUACCGUUCGACGAAACAUUGCUCGCGCUACGUACUGAAAAGACGAACGGACAGACGUGUAUAAAUUAUGCAGAUAUAGAGAGAUAUAUAAAUAAAUAAAUAAAUAAAAAUAAAAAUAUAUAAAUGAACAGUGAGAGAUAGAAAUCCGGCGUCGUCGACGCCGUAGCGUUUCGACGACCAUGCGGUUUAUUUCGAAGCGAUUUGGCAUCGAAAUCGGCGAGAGAGGCUAGUCGAGAGAGAAAUCAAAGAAGCGAUCAUCGUCGCACCAGAGAACGUCAGAUCGAACCGAUUAAAUCUGAUCGUAACGCAAAUCUUCCCAACGCGAAUAUUUAGAAACAUCUAAAAGAUAAGUCCUAUAGUAUACAUACUUAUAUUAUAAAAUUUCGCUUGUCUUUUGUAGGCGAUGAUUUCGAGAAUAGGCUUCCCAAGACAUUUGAAAGUUUAGCACUUCUUUAGAACAUACUGAGCUUUCAAAUGUGUUUUUUGUUUUUUUUUUUUAAUUUUUUUGUGUACUCUCGCGUUGUGCUUUUCUAGAGUUUGUACCGGAAAGCAAUGAGGUUUGAAUUGCGAUUAAAGUAGAGCUUUGGCGGAUUCGGUUGUCCCUUUCGCGUUUAUUCGUGUUUAUUCGGACCAACGAAUCCACGAAGUAAUCGACUCGAUAUUGUCCCCGUUCAUUUGUGCGAAAAAAAAAAUCUAGAGAGAUCGCCCAGAAACGAUUUAAAUUUUGCAAAUCCUCCAUCAUUUGCAUCGCCAUUAGCAGCGCUUUUUUCGGUGGUACCCUCGCUGACUUCACUCACGAAUACGUGAUAGAUAAGUGACGAUUAUUGUAUGUUGCUGCACGAUCGAUUAUGAUAAUUAAUUAUUUAUUUGUGACUGCUGAUGAGACGAUUUUACACGGCGUAAAAAGAAAUUAAAUAAAUGGCGAUUAGUGCGCCAAUGACAGUGAUGACGAUAUUAUCGCGUUAGAAAUGUGCGUGCGAUGUACGAAGAGUGUGAGAGAAUGAAUGAGUGAGAGAGAGAGAGAGUUGUAGCGAACAAAGAUUCGAUGAUGUUCCUGUUACGAAAUAAUGAUAAUUAAAUAAACGAAAUGCAAGUAUCGACUAAGUCAGGUUUAUUUUCGGGUCUCGUUCGCGCGCGGUGGCGCAAACAGGGUGUUUUUUUUCCGCGUUUAUAUGACUGUCAUACGUAAUUGAUAACGCUUUACUUUAGAUAACAGCGGAUGACAUCCGCGGACCGAUCGAAGAUCGCAAUGAAUUCAAUCCUUCCUGUCUGGCUUCCAGCUCCCGAUCCUUUCCUCCACCCCGUCGAGCUCUCGACAACCGCCGUCGCGCGCGUACAGACUCCAAAUUAACGAGAAAAGCGUGCGUGUAAAUGCGAGAUUAUAUUGUACGAAUUACGAUGUGUAAUAAAGCUGUUGUCAUUUUUUGUACUUACACUCUGGACGAUUUGAUACGUCUCGCUAUCGUUAAACGGUCUCCAUCAUUCCCAUCCAUUUAGUCCCUUGUUCCGCUCCCGAUUAGAUUUUUUUUCAACGACGUUUUUUGAACUUUUAGACUUUCGAAUUAGGAUUAUUUUUUUGUGUGUAAUAGUGAUACGCAUUCGCAAGAAAAAGAAAAAUAUUGUUUCCCGCUGAUAGUGGCCUUUCGUUCGCGCCGAGACUUUAACGAAGAUUGUGAAGACCAUCCUAGGCGUACUGUAUCCCUCCGUUUUUGUAUAAAACAGAAAGAAAAUAAUAUGCACACAGCGUAUACAUACACUGACCUACACGCAGCACAUCUGUAUAUUUGUAGUAGGACUAUACAAUUGCGAUUAUUAUUAAUUAUUAAUAUUAUUAUAUAAAAAAACGUGUAAAUAGAUGAAUUGUCAAUAUAACGAUGUCACGCAAACGACAGUGGACGAUUAAUAAUGAUACCUAAAAAAACA